GUGGCGUGCAGUGUAAUUGCACAGUUCGCUAUUUAAUAUUUCAUUCUAAUAGAACAACACUCGCGAAUUCCUCGGAGUUGUCAGAUCUCUGCGCCAUCAGUGUCCGCCGAGGCGCCAAUCGCGAAUCCAGAGCAAAUUAAUUCCAUUAGCGAACGCUCGUUCCGUUGAAACAGCGAUUUCCAUCGCGUCGCGAAGACGAAUGUCCUCGGCGUUCGUUUCUCUACGAGGAUGACACGCAAAGUGUGCUCGCCUUCCGUUUACUCGAUGUUCCUGCUGUUCUGGCUGCUGUUCAAAGUGCUCGGUCUCGCGACAGCCUCUUUGCGGAGCGGCGACUCGAAGAGCAAACAGUCCGCGCGACUGUCGUUCGCGACCAGACCCUUGGGGACGAUUUACAACGUGCUCCUCUGCUGCGCGAUUCUCGUCUCGAGUCUGUUCAGUAUUCCGGCGUUGUACAUUUACGAGUACGCCAACAAAUCCUCGACGACGACGGUCAUAGAAAAGAUCCAAGGUAUAUCCGGAUAUCUGAUGAUCCUCGGCAUUCUGCUGUAUUACUGCGUGAACCAGCCCACCAUCAAGAGUAUCGGCAACUGCUUGAUCCGCGUCGAGGGGAAGCUGCGUCUCCUGCGGUACUCGAUCGAUCACAAGCGGAUCGUAUGGAUUCUGACGAUCGUCUACGUUCUCCACAUAGUUUUGUUCUUCGUCACCCUGGUCACCCAGCACGUGGCUUUCCUGGAUAAUCCGCUCAUCUGGUUCACGGACGUGUUCCCCACGACCUUGGCGAACUGGCUGCUCAUUCAGUAUUUCUCGGUGAUCAGCCUGAUGAAGAUGAACUUCGUGUGCGCGAACCACGUCCUGCGAAACCUUUGCAGCAGCUCGCACGCGGCGGACAGCUACGCGAAGUACCUCUGCCGAUCUCGACGCGUGUUCGUCAACAGCUCCACCAUUCAGUCUCUCCUUCAGCUGAGGAACAUUUACGACGACCUGUUCGACGUCUCCAAGGAGAUCUCGGACUUUUAUUCGCUACCGAUUCUGAUCGGCAUCCCGUUUCUCUUUUAUACGUUGCUGUACAACUUUUACUAUCUGCUGCAGCCGUUGAUCAUCGAUCACGAGUCCCUGGAGCUGCUGUCGUUCGUCAACACCGUCAUCUGGAUCAUGUUUCUGAUUUAUCCUAUCGGACUGCUGACCGUCGAGGUCACCAAUCUGCUGAACGAGGUGGAGAAAAUCGGGAUCCUCGUGCACUCGUUGCUGAAGUGCGCGAUCAACGGGGAAACGAAGUCAGAGCUGAAGCAAUUCUCGCUCCAGUUGCUCCAUCGGAAAAUUAAGUUCACCUCUUACGGGUACUUCAGUCUGGACAACUCGAUGUUCCUAUCGAUGCUGGGCUCGAUGUCGGCGUACCUGAUCAUCCUGCUCCAAUUUCAGCUGGGCAGCUCGGUGAACAGCUGCAACUGCACCGAGUCGGAGGCGACGCUGGAAAACGAGACGCUCGCGACGGGGGUGUCUCUCAGGGAGGUUGCCCGUUACGAGAGCGGAAACGACGCCGGAUACUCGGACGAGAUCUCCGCCGGAUCGUUCAGCACGCGAACAUCUUUUCAUCUUACGCCAUUGAGCUUCUCCUAUUCGCCGUGA